AUGGCCGCUCAAGCUGCCGGGACCCUUUUCCUUUGCAUCCUCGUCUUAUCCGGUGCGCCGUACGCCGUCGCCGCCGGGGGCGAGAAGGCGACCGUGUCGGUGAGGGCGGUGACGGCCAUCUCCCACACCGACGACGACUUCAUCUGCGCGACGCUCGACUGGUGGCCCAGGGACAAGUGCAACUACGGCAUGUGCCCCUGGCAUAACUCCUCCAUCAUCAACCUGGAUCUCUACAGCCCUAUCCUGUACAAUGCUGUCAAAGCCUUCAACUCGUUGCGGAUUAGGCUCGGAGGAUCGCUGCAGGACCAGAUCACGUACAAAGUUGGCAAGCACUACGCCGACUGCCCCAGCUUCCGGCGAAACGACGACCACCUCUUCGGCUUCACCGACGGCUGCCUCGCCAUGAACCGCUGGGACGAGCUCAACAUCUUCUUCCGGCGAACCAACACGACGGUGACGUUCGGGCUGAACGCGCUGAGGGGCCGGCGCAAGUCCGCCGAGAACGGCAGCACGCUCCACGUCGGCGGCUGGGACGGCCGCAACGCGCGCGACCUGAUGCGCUACACCGUGAGCAAGGGGUACCGCGUGGAGUCGUGGGAGCUGGGCAACGAGCUGUGCGCCGGCGGCGUGGAGGCCAAGGUGAUGGCGGCGCAGUACGGGAAGGACGUGCUCCGGCUCAGGAGGAUGGUGGAGAAGGUGUACAACGGCACCGGCCACCUCCCCAAGGUCCUCGCGCCGGGGGGCUUCUACGACGGGCCCUGGUUCUCCGAGAUGCUGCGCGUCUCCGGCCCCGGCGUCGUCGACGCCGUCACUCACCACAUCUACAACCUCGGCUCCGGGAAGGACAAGGAGCUGAUCAACAAGAUGCAAGACCCGUACUACCUGGACAAGGUGGCGCAGACGUUCAGCGACAUGGAGGCGACGGUGCGGGAGUCCGGGCCGUGGAGCGCGGCGUGGGUGGGCGAGUCCGGCGGCGCGUACAACAGCGGCGGGAAGGACGUGUCGGACCGGUUCGCCAACAGCUUCUGGUACCUGGACCAGCUGGGGAUGUCGGCCGUGUUCGGCACCAAGGUGUACUGCCGGCAGGCCCUCGUCGGCGGAAACUACUGCCUCCUCAACACCACCACGCUCGCCCCCAACCCGGACUACUACAGCGCGCUGCUCUGGCACCGGCUCAUGGGCCCGGGGGUCCUCCAGACCACCGCCGCCGCUGGCUCGCCGUACCUCCGCUCCUACGCGCACUGCUCCAAGAAGCAGCCUGGCGUGACGGUGCUCCUCAUCAACCUGUCCAACUCGACGGCGUUCGACGUGACGGUGGCCGGCGACAUGGACCUGCACCCGCCGCCGCGGAGGUUGCUGCAGGCGGAAGCCGGCGGCGGGGAGGCGGCGGUGUGCGGCGGGCGGAGGGAGGAGUACCACCUGAGCCCCGAGGGCGGCGACAUCCAGAGCCAGGUGGUGGUGCUCAACGGGGAGCCGCUCGCGCUCGGCCCGUGCGGCCAGAUCCCCGAGCUGCGGCCGGCGAUUGCCAUCGACGGGUGCACGCCGGUGCACGUCGAGCCCCACUCCAUCGCGUUCGUCAGGUUCACCGGCUUCAAGGCUCCUGCCUGCGCGUAA